AAAGUUUUUCUCCUUUUAUGGCCUUUCGAUCUUUCUUUCUCCUGAAAAUUUUGCGUUAUAAUCCAUAAUUUACAUAAAAAUCUUUCUUUAUAGCUAUUAGGUAUCUCACUCACUUGCUCACAUGCUCUUUCGAAACCCAACAAAGCCGGAAACUUCCUGUACCAAGACAACCUCUUACUGUUUCUCGUCAUCACUUUCCCACGAAACAAACAACAUUUCUAAGCUCUACUCUUUGCCUUAGUCGCGAAGUUUGAGGUCAAUUACUAUUCUUGAAGAGUAUUAGCCUAAGGGGUCUUCUGGGUUUGAGUUUGUUUUCAGCUAUUCGGCUUGUUCGGUUAUCACACUGAGUAAAUUUGGAUUUUAAGAACUGUUCUCGAAGGGUUUUGAAAAUUUGGGGGUUAUGAUUGUCUUGAGUUUGUUUGCUUGGGCAGCUUUAUUGUUGAUGAAUUCGUGAAUUUGGACAUUGAGAAUUGCUACUGGGGUGAUUUUGGAGUUAUAACUCUGGUGGGUUUCUAUUGCUUGAGACCCAUCAGAUGAAAAUGAAUAGCAAUGGGAUUGCAAACUCGCGGAAAGAUUUAGAAAAGGGGGAUAAAACUAGCCGGGAGGUGCAGAAUGGUUCUGGUGAGACUGAUGGUGUUGAUGGAUCAACAGAAUUGGCAACGAAGUCUGUGGACAAACAAUUUAAUGCUGGUGUUUUUGAAGGGGCUGAGGGUCGGAGUACAAGUUCAUUUGAAUUGGAAAUUAAAUCUGCAGACCAACAGUUCAAUGCUGGUUCUUCUCAUGGGGCAGGCAAUCAGGGGACAAGUUCAUUGUCAAUGGAAACUAAGUCUUUGGAUGAGCUGUUGGAUGUGGGUUCUACACAUAGGGCAAGCUCUCAGAGGAUAAAUUCGUUGCGGCGUUCAUCGGUUCUAGAGAUUUCUCAAUCGAAAGAUUCGCCCGCCAGUCCUUCUCAAGCAAACUUUCGGAAGGGCUUGGAUCAUUGCAUCACGGCUCCUGUGGGCACUCACAAAGAUUCCUUGAUUGAAAGCCUUGAUCUUGGAUUUUAUAGGUCCAUGACUGAGAAGAGGGAGAGUUCAAGACAUGACCUAAAAUUGGAUAGACUAACAGAACGUGAAAAGAAACAACUCAUUGUGAACCUAGUAAAGAUCCAAAAUGAUGGGACAGUGGAGGUUGAUCUAACGAAGGGUGCACCUGUAGCUUCCGAACUGUUAGAAUUUCACUCCUUUGAAGGGACGCCUACUAAUAUCGAUUAUAUUACCACUGAGUUCAACAAAUCAAUUCCAACUCUGAAAAUUACAAUGCUUAUCGUUGGAACGAGAGGAGAUGUUCAGCCUUUUUUGGCUAUUGCAAAGAGACUUCAGGAGUUUGGUCAUCAUGUUAGAUUGGCAACUCAUGCUAACUUCCGUACUUUUGUAAAGGCAGCUGGUAUAGAUUUUUACCCUUUGGGCGGUGACCCUCGAGUUUUGGCAGGAUAUAUGGCCAGAAAUAAAGGUUUCAUUCCAUCAUCACCAGGAGAAAUAUCUAUACAAAGAAAGCAACUAAAGGCCAUUAUUGAAUCUCUUCUUCCAGCAUGCACAGAAGCAGAUAUGGAAACUGGAGAGCCUUUUAGAACUCAGGCCAUUAUUGCAAACCCUCCUGCUUAUGGACAUGCACAUGUUGCUGAAGCUCUGGGUGUGCCCCUUCACAUCUUCUUCACAAUGCCUUGGACGCCGACAUAUGAAUUUCCUCACCCAUUGGCACGCGUACCUCAAAGUGCUGGUUAUUGGCUUUCUUAUAUAGUGGUGGAUUUGCUGAUAUGGUGGGGCAUAAGAAGCUAUAUCAAUGACUUCAGAAAGAGGAAGUUGAAGCUUGCUCCUAUUGCAUACUUCAGUACAUAUAAUGGAUCGAUAUCUCAUUUGCCAACAGGAUAUAUGUGGAGUCCUCAUGUUGUGCCAAAGCCGAGUGAUUGGGGCCCCUUGGUCGAUGUUGUUGGUUAUUGUUUCCUAAACCUUGGGUCAAAGUAUCAACCUCGUGAAGAGUUUGUUCAAUGGAUUCAAAAAGGACCCAAACCUAUAUAUAUUGGGUUUGGGAGCAUGUCACUUGAAGAUCCCAAGAAAACUACAGAUAUUAUUUUGGAGGCACUGGAAAAUACAGGACAGAGGGGAAUAAUUGACCGAGGUUGGGGGAAGCUUGGUACUCUUCCAGAAGUUCCUGACAACGUUUUCCUCCUAGAGGAUUGUCCUCACGAUUGGCUGUUUCCUCAAUGUUCAGCUGUGGUGCAUCAUGGAGGUGCUGGAACCACAGCUACAGGACUAAGGGCUGGGUGUCCAACAACCAUAGUGCCAUUCUUUGGAGAUCAGUUCUUCUGGGGUGAGAGAAUUUUUCAGAAAGGACUGGGAUCCUCUCCAAUCCCUAUAUCUCAGCUCAGCAUUGAAAGCCUAUCAGAUGCUAUACGAUUUAUGCUCGAGCCAGAGGUGAAAUCUCGUGUAAUGGAAGUUGCAAAGUUGAUAGAGAAUGAAGAUGGUGUUGCAGCUGCAGUCGAUGCAUUUCACCGGCAUUUGCCUCCAGAGCUACCCUUACAAACUGAAUCUUCAGAGGAAGAUGAUCAUCCAAAUCCUUUGCAGUGGCUGUUUAUUCAAAUUGGGAAAUUCUGUUCUUGUGGUUCGUAGGUCUUAUAGCGGCAACUUACAAUGUUGUACAGUUAUGGUUUUUUUUUUUUCCUUCGUAUUCCGUGUUGUUUGCAUAUGUUCAAUAUUUCAUUCAUUUUAUUCAUGGCUUUCCUGUAUGGUUUGAAUAACAAUAAAAUGUUUACAUAGUUUCCACCUUCAUAAAGCAACUAGUGUAGGCUUCUUUUGUCUUCAGUUGUCGUUCUAAUGGGAUCAAUAUUUGAGUGUAUUAGAGUUGUAAAUUUAUAUUGGUUACUAUAAUUCAAUUCCUGGAUUUAAUCCCGGUGAUCAAUUUAUCAUUAUUUUCUUGGA